AUGACUUCGAGGGCCUUAAACAUUCGUUCUUUGAGGAAAAUUCGCCUUGCCGUGUUAGAAGAUGCGGCCAAAAUAUUCGAGCUGGUUAAUGAAUCAAUGUCUAAGAAUUUUCGAAUCAGCAAACCUAGUGACAUACUUUAUUUAAUAAAAAAUUGUGUGUUAUCCAUAUGUCAGCUUAAUGAAAAUGAUAAUAUAGUGGGAUUUUUAGCGCUUCAGGAUUUUCCCUUAAUACCCUCAGUUUAUCAAACAGCAUGGGAAGAAUACAUCUGGACCAAGUAUAAAGUUGUGGAGCUUACUGCGAGGAAUACAUUAUUUGUACAUUUAUUUUGUUGGAAUUCAAUGUACGCUCGCGAACUUGUAGACAACAUGCUGAGGUCGGUGUUUAUGCACGACUCAUAUCUACAGUAUAUAGCUAUGAUUAAAAGUCUCCCAGAAUGCAAUGUCCUAGUGCCAGGUCAGCCUCUCUCUGAAGCCUCAUUCAGACGGAUACAGGUUGUAGAGCGAGGAAUCUCCGGGGAACGUCUACCAAGUCUUAAUAUCGUGGAAAGGAAUGACGUUUGUCUCAAUCUUCGUAUUAGAAGAGCAGUGGAAGAAGAUAAUGAUGACAUACUGCCGAUAAUAGAAAGGUGUUCAAAACGUUUGAGAGAAAUCUACGGUGAUUUUUACAUCAGCGAGCUUGUAUCUCGUCAUCCUGAAUCUGACCGAGUGAUACUGGUUUGUGAGCAUAAGGAAGUUGCAGUUGGUGUAAUGUGCCUUAAUACGCAAAUCAACUACGAGGUUUUAGAGGAAAGCUUUGAGCUUUCAUCUUUCGCGGGUCUCAGGCUCUUAGAAGAUCAUUCGAACAUCAAACGCGCCAAGGAAUUUUUUGAAUCUACAAUUAGCAACCACUUACCAUCAGGUGGACUGUGUGCUCGUUUGUCACCGUUAUCCUAUAAAAAAAGGUGUCAUCAUAGGCGACAGAGGCAAAAUGAAACAGGAGAAGAGGAACAGGACAGUAUUCCACCUAAGAGCCAUGAAAAGGAAUUGUCUUCACGUCUUUCUCAUUUGAGCAUUAAGGCACAAUUGAACAUUAUGGAACUUUUGGAGGAAGAUGAAGAAGAAUUAGAAUUCGAUAUCGUAAAUAUUGAUACACAUUUGCUACGAGUUCCAAGUUUGAUUUCCUACGAAGAAUUUUCUAAGACUCAAUUAGGUGCUAUCGACGAUGUGUCUAGAAUAUUAGACGGAAGACGCAAAGACUCUUCCAGCGAAGAUAAAAAUUUAAAAAAGGAAAGAAUUAAGAAAUCUUUAGCUGCUAUUACAACAUUACCUCAUCAUAAAACGCCAGAGCCUACACGUUAUUCGGGUGAACCUAAUGCUUUCCUUAUUGAAAUAUUCGCCAUGCAUCAAGAUUACGACGAGAGGUUUGGUUUCGAAUUGUUAGAAGGAGCUUUUGAAAUAUUUCCAGACAGAAAUUAUUGUAUCAUAUGUCUUCCUUCUAGUGAACCACCUUUUCCUCUGCUUGAACAUUUUACGUUAGUAACGCCCAAUAAUACUCGACCGCGUUUCGUCAAUGAAUCUCUUUUCGUUGCGCAUAUCAACUCCGUUAAAGGUGAAGUCCACGUUCGUCAAGCCGAGGAAUAUGACGUGCCGUAUAUUACUGACGUGUUAGAGCAUGCACCGAGAAAAAAUGAGCUGUUGGAACUAAUUGAUUCAAGUUUCACUUUAGACGAACUGGAUUCUUACGUGCUUCUAAGUAGAGAUCAGCCCGUUGGAGUGGUUGUUCUUGCACCACUUGAAGAUGCUGUAUCUGUGCGGCUUCAGUACGCUUUGGAACCCGAACCACCAGAUACAGACGGAAACAUUUUAGUUGGAGUUCUAUCGCCAGUGAUGGAAGCUCACAGUCGAUGGUACAUGCGCGAUAUCCUGCGUCGAAGUCACUACACCCAGUUGUUUUGGACAUGUCGGCUCUUUGCUAAAGGGGAAGUGAGCCCUAGCCGCAACCUUAUGUCUUUGGCAUGUCAUAUGGUACCUUUUGCACCUUAUCGAUCUACGCCUAUCACACCCGGCAAUAAAGAAAAGGAAAAGAUAUACAAGGAAAGUUCGACUCCUCAUGCGCUGUGGACUAUCGACCGACCAAUGACAUGUCUACCGAAGAUUUACAUUAACAAGAGUAUAGUUGUGGUGGGAGCCAGUCGCACUGGUCUUUCAUUUCUUGAAACUUUAAUUAUGGGACCCACGUCUCCAUACCUAACUUUCACGAACCUAACUCUGGUAUCGGAACAUGGACUACCCACGGUAGCGGAGUGCCUCCGUGCUGCGGACACAUGCUUUCCUCGGACUGGUCGCUAUACUGAUCGUUAUCUCAAAUGCAUUCCUUAUUACUUCUAUAUUGAUGUCGUGUCUUCUGUUAUGAUACGCAUCGACAGAAAAAAGAAAUGCAUUCAUCUGAAAGGUGGUGGCGUGAAAUAUUAUGAUGAUUUGAUUUUGACUUGCGGCCGGCAGUUCCAGCAUCCUGAAUAUUUGAAUGAAUUGUUGGAGCGUGACAGGGUGACAAAAACACAAAACGCCUGCAAUAGAGUGCCUAUGGAUAACCCAAAGUACCAACCGGAUUACGUACCGCCGGCACCUGAUGUGCCCGAUAAUGUAAUGCUUAUCAACUCACUCUACGAUGCUAACACUUGUCUGAGGAAAUUGCUAUGGAUGAUUACCGAGUCAAAAGAGAAUAUAAACUCCUUAAGUGAAGAUAGUAGGAUAGUUGUAUAUGGCGACUGCAUAGACGCCUACGCAUGUAUUGCAGCAUUACUUGAAUUGGGUAUUGCGGCAAAUAUGAUAGCUUUUGUAGAACCAUUUCCCCCCGAAGACACUGCAGCUUUGAGAGUCAAUUUCUUUAAUAAUGAGCUCGUCGAUGAGAGAAUUCAAUUAAGCUUAGACAAACGUGGAGUACAAGUAUACAGGCAAUGCUAUUUUACCGAAUGGGUAUUGUCGGGCUCGCGUGUAGAUAUACUGCGAUUUAUGACGCCUACGCAAGUGAUCAAUAUGCCUUGUUUCGCAUUUUUCUACUAUGGAAUCAAAGCCAUCGAUGCCCAUUCUUUUAAAGCAAUAACGGACUGCGGCUUGGUGUACGAUGGUGGUUUGAUCGUGGGGCCGAACUUUGAGAGCAACGACCCGAGCGUUUACGGUGCAGGCCCUUGCACUAGUUAUUCGCGGCGACUGCACGCUAACACUCACGCGCACCGACACUAUUGCUCCGAGGAUGUUGGCGAAGCACUAGCAGCACUUUUCCUACAGAAAUUAGACCCAUUCAUAAGUGCUAAUCCUGAUGUUGAAAUAGGUGAAGUCAUAUUGCGAUACAAUUCCAGUUUUUUGGGGUGGCAACCUGUGAUGAAAUUUAAAUCGCCGAUCAUACAUUCAGCUACAUUACCCGGACCUCUUUAUUAUUUAAAAUUAAGGAAGCCAGGUCUUGAGGUACCGAUGGCUGUUCAGAUGUGUUUGCCACGCCAGGGUCAUACUUUACUAACCGACAAAGACGGGAACUAUUUUCGUUUGCAACUGAAUACGUUACACUGCGUGGAGUCGUUGACUUGUUUAUCUAAGAAACCUUUUUCAUCGGAAAAUAUUGUCCAAAUCUAUGGGAAACAUGAAGCAUUCUUCGAUAAACUACUGGCUAGAUAUCAGUUGAAGCAGAUAGAUGAUUUGUACGACUUUUUCGCUCAACCAUGGAUGUCCGCGAUGUACCAUAAGAGUUUUAAGGAUUUACUAUAUGAUAUUGACAAUCAGGAUGUUGGCACAGACGCACAAGACAUGGGCACUUUCCGGUCUGUUAUAGAUAAAUUCGUAGUCAAAAGUAGCUGUGAAGUGGAAUGUGGACAAAGCGCCGUUAUACGAGACGAAGUUUUGGGCAUUUGGAAGGCAGUGGGCGGAGAACGCAUCGUCGUAGCGCAUCUAGCGCAUUAUUUAAAACAGAAUUAUGCUGCGAACCCCCAUUAUUCCCUGCCAAAACCUGAAUAUUAUUAA